AUGGAGAAUGAUUAAAGUCGCAAUCGAUCGUUUAUGAAUUAAUGCAAAAUAGUUCUGGAAAAGAACUUUUUGUUAUAUAUAAGAGAGAAAUAGAUAUAUGGAGAUUUUAUACCUCCACUUAUUUGUUUUAUACUUUUAUAUGUUGCAAGUACAAUAUAUAUUAGAUAAUGAGAAUCAAGCAGUGAUAAUGCUGUAUCCUAGAGUAGUGCAUAAUUUUUACCUAUGAGUUUGUUAUUAUUGACAAGAAAUGUAAUUACAGCACUGAUAAGUGAGAAAUCAGAGAGAUAGAAGGAAACAUAAAAGGUAUUCGAUUGAAAUGUAAAAUUGUAGAUUAUGGGUUUGAAAUCUAAAUCAUAUUCAUUUGGAUGGAUAUUAAGCAAUUAUUUAAGAUUGUUUGCAGUAUCGUUUUUCUUUUUGAUUUUGGUGGUACCAACAGGAGUAAUGAAGGCAAAUUUGAUCAAUGAUAACUCAUUAACAAUUAGUGAAACAAUUUUAGGUUAUGGAAUGUAUGGUUUGGCACAAUUGCAAUUAUGUUACAUGAUAGCUGCAAUAUUUGAGACACCAAAAACAGGUGCAGAUUUAGCAGUAGUAAUAAAUGUAUUUGGAUCAAUUGGAAGUUAGUUAUUAACUAUUCCAUAUAUUUAGAAGUAUAAUUUUAAUAAUAUAAUAAGAAAUUCAUAUGUUGUUUAUAUAUUGAGUUUGAUUCCUUCAUUUUGUUAUAAUGUUUAUCCAUAUGUAUCUAUUACUGGGGUGGUUGAAUUUGAUUUUGGAAAGAAAGAAUAUUUUGGAGUUCUUCUCUUUGAUAUUAUAUUUUAUGGAUUGUUAGCUUAAUAUUUAGAUUAAGUUGUACCAAAUUAAUAUGGAACUAAUAAGCAUCCUUUGUUUUUUUUAGGAGUAAAAAAUGAAAAUAAAAAGAUUAAAAAAAAUAUAUAAACCCAUUAUGUGGAACCAUUAAAUGAGGAAGCAUAGGAAGGAUAAGAUGAUAGUUCAGCUGUAUUUCAUGAAUAAAUUAAAAGUCAAUUAUAAAGAGUUGUAUAAAUAGAAGAUUUAAGAAGAUAUUUUGGACAAACUAAAGCAGUUGAUGGAUUAAGCUUAUCUAUAUAUGAAUCAUAAAUUCUAUGUUUAUUAGGACAUAAUGGAGCAGGUAAAACUACAGCUAUUUCAUUAUUAACUGGUUUAAUUAAAAAAGAUUAUGGUUAAAUUAAAUAUUAUGGAACAUCAACUGAUGAUGAUUUAGAUGGGAUUAGAAGUUUCUUAGGAAUAUGUCCAUAAAAAGAUGUAUUAUAUAAUAAAAUGACUGUUGUUGAACAUUUAAAGUAUUAUGGAAAAAUUAAAGGAUUAGAUGGUGAAAAUUUAAAUAAUUAAAUUGAAGAAGUUAUUGAAAAAUGUGCAUUAUCAUUAGAAAAAACUAAAUAAGCACAUUAAUUAUCAGGAGGAAAUAAAAGAAAAUUAUGUUUAGCUAUGGCAUUAAUUGGUGGAUCCAAAGUAAUCUUUUUAGAUGAACCUACUUCUGGUAUGGAUCCAGUUACAAGAAGAAAAAUAUGGAGUAUUCUCUUAUAAAUGAAAAAUGAAGGAAAAUGUUUAAUUUUAACAACACAUCAUCUUGAUGAAGCUGAAGUCUUAUCUGAAAGAAUUGCUAUAAUGGCUAAAGGUAAGUUAUUGACUGUAGGAAGUGUAGAUUUUGUUAAAAAAAACUUUGGAAUAGGAUAUCAUUUACAUAUUUAUAAUUUAAAAAAUCCUUUAGAGGUUUGGGAAGAUAAAGUUGAGAAAAUAAAAUCUUUAGUUACCAAUUAAAUAAAAGAUGCACGAUUAUAACCAUAGACUGCUAAUUUAUGUAUCAGUUAUUCUGUACCAUUUGAUAGAAAAUCAGAUUUAUUAAAUGUAUUUGAAAUUCUAGAAAAUGAUCAAUCUAUUCAAAUAAAUCUUAUGAUGAAUACAUUAGAAGAGGCAUUUAUUAAUAUUGGUAUGGAUGAAGAAGCAUUUCUUAAGAAAGCUUAAAAUAAUGGAAAUUAACCUAUAAAUUAUUCAUCUGAUUAAGAAAUAAAUCUUAAUGAUGAAUUUGCAAAGAUUAUUCCACCUGAUUGUCUUAAAAAUGAUCCAAAUUAUUCAUUUGCUUUAUAAUUUAAAGCAUGUUUUCUUAGAAAACUUUAUGGAAUGAAAGGUAAAAGAUUAGCAGUUCAAUUAUUUUUCUCAUCGUUAUUCUGUUUCCUUGGUCCUUUAUUAGGAAGUCUUACAAAAAAUAAUAUACCUGCUAAUGAUGAUGAUAAAGAUCAAAAAUAAUAUUAUAUAAGAGAAUAUAUAAUGUCAUUUACUGUUUAUCUUUGUGCUUUUAUAGAACUUGUAAUGGCUAUGAGUAUAUCAUGUACUAGUAUUGGAAGUGUUCCUGUUUAAGAAAGAUAAUAAAAAUAAAAAUAUGCACUUAAUGUUAUGGGAUGUAGAAUCGAACCCUAUUGGAUAUCUAAUUUAAUGUUUGAUGGUUGUGUAGUUACAAUUCUAUUUGUUAUAUAUUCUAUUACUGCAUUAUCACUAUAAGUAGAAGAACUUAAUUACUUUGUUGUAUAUGCUUUAUUCUUCUUUUGCUUUUAAGCAUAUGUUACUUUAUCUUAUUUACUUUCAUGGUUAUUUACAGAAUAUCUUUCCUCUCUCAAAUAUAUGAUGUUACUUAUGGUCUUUAUAUUUUACAUGCCAGGAAUGAUCUGCUACUUCAUUCUCAAAUAACAUAUUAUCAAAUGGAUACUUACUUUCCUAUUCCCAUCAAUUUCUUUAUUAUCAGGAUUAACUGCUGUUUUAGAUCUUAACUAUAAUCUACCUAUUAUGGAAAUUCCUAACUUUUUUAUUGAUUAACCUUGGGUAUUUGUUUUUAUCCUUGUAUUUUAAACCUUACUCUAUUUAAUAUUAGCUAUACUCAUUGAUCAUAGAAAGUUAUUAGCUGUUGAUUAAUAAUCAGCCAUUGUUGAAUCAAAAGAUAACGAUGUUAUUUAAGAAGCAAAAAGAAUUUAAAAUCAUUCUUGUCAAGAUAAAGUCAUUGCCAAAAGAAUCUCUAAAGUAUAUGCAAAUGGUUUCUAAGCUUUGAAAGGUACUUCUUUUGGAGUGGAAUCAGGUUAGAUUUUUGGAUUGUUAGGUCCAAAUGGAGCAGGAAAGUCAACUACUUUUAAUUUGAUAACUUGUAGACUCAAACCAACAACAGGAGAAAUAAAAUUAAUGGGUUAAUUAAUAGAGAAAGGUAAAGGAGAACUUUUUUAGAAUGUAGGAAUCUGUCCCUAAUUUGAUAGUUUAUUUGAAAUGGUUACUGUAAAAUAACAUCUAUUUAUUUGGGCAUAUUUAAAAGGAUUAAAUGGAAAAGAUGCUGUUGAAUCAGUAGAAUAUUUUAUGAAAGUUAUGUAAUUAGAAGAAUAUGAAAAUGUUCAUUCAGAUAAAUUGAGUGGUGGGAAUAAAAGAAAAUUAUGUGUUGCAUUAGCUUUAAUGGGUGGUACUAAUUUAUAAUUUUUUGAUGAACCAUCUUCUGGUGUUGAUCCUAUAGCAAGAAGAUUUCUUUGGAAUGCUAUUUAAAAUGGAGUUAAAUUAAGAAAUGGAGCAGUUAUUUUGACAACACACACAAUGGAUGAAGCUGAAAGUUUAUGUUCAAAAAUUGCUAUUUAAAUUAAUGGUUAAUUUUCUUGUUUUGGAACUCCUUAACAUUUAAAAUAGAAAUUUGGAGAUGGUUAUAGAGUUAGUUUAGAAUUAGCAGAUAAUGUUUCAAGUUUAGAAGUUAUAUCUUUAAUUAAAUAAUAAUAUCCUAAUUGUGAAAUCUUAGAAGAAAAUAAUUAUAAAAUUGUAGUCCAAUUAUAAAAAUAAGGAUUUUCCUUUUAUAAAGCCUUUAGCUUUUUUUUGUAAGUUAUCUAAAAUCAAUAUAAAUAUAUUAAAGAUUUUUAACUUAAUUAAGCAACAUUAGAAUCAGUAUUCAUGUAUUUUGCAGGCUAAUAAUAAUUAAUUGAGUAAGAUGAACUUAAAAAGAAGAAAUGUGUGAUAGCCUGUUGUGGUAACGAUGAAGAUGAUUGA